AGCGCCACAGCCCAAAGUGACAGGUGGGCAUAAUUGGAGGGCAGCAGGUGUUGAAAAUGAAGACAACGGAGGGGAACGUUCCCGUGUGACUGAAAACAAACUUCAUAUAUAUCUGCGCUAAACGGUAGGCCUACGGCAAUGAUUCAAAUCGGCUUGAAGCUGAGCGUGGUCCUCGUGCUUCUCCUCGGCUUCACGCGCCAACGUGUUGACGGUCUCUGCAGUGUGCAGCAUUGCAAUGACCGCACGCGAUGUCUUCUGUCUAAAGACCAAAGAAGUUGCAAAUGUACCAUUGGAUAUUAUGCUGACCAAUGUGACAAAAAUGCAAACAUCAAAGUUCUGUGUGGCAGAGACUACAUGGCAAUCAGAGCGACCGAAGAUUUCUUUAAGUACCACAACGUCUCGCUGGAGUCCUUGCACUUUCCCAACAAAUCUUGUCGUACUCAGAGAGAGGUCGUGCACGGUGUGCCGCAUUAUGUGUCCAGGAUAUCUAAAGACCAAUAUCUAACCUGUGGAGGCAAGCCGCUGGAGAAAAACAAUACUCACAUCUUCUAUUCAUUGAGUCUACUGUCGGAACCUCGGGUUAAUGGAAACAUCGUCAGAGAUCCGCUUAUUAAGAUAAACUUCACAUGCAUCCAUCCAUAUGUCAAAAGAGCCAGCCUGACCUUCCCAGUCAUCCCCUCUUCCAGUGAGACGGUGAUGCAUGUAGAUGAACUUGAUGCCACUAUACAGAUGAUGUUGUACACAGAUGACUCCUACUCUAAGGCCCACAGCAGUGCCCCCACCAUUGAACUCCGAGACAAGGUGUAUGUGGAGGUGACGGUCACAGAGCCUGCAGAUUUUUUCCUGCUAAUGGUUAGUGGGUGUUGGGCCACACAGUCUCCCCAGCCGAACACUACAGAGGGAUAUGUUCACACACUGCUUCGGCACGGGUGUGUGGAUGACCAGACUGUGUCCUUUUUUAACGUGAGCGCAGGACAGUCUGGCCAGAACGGAGAAAGUUCCACCGUUCGCUUCAGCUUCGACAUGUUUCGCUUCUUGGCAGAACCUCACGAGCUCUAUCUGCACUGCACCGUUCAGCUGUGCGAGCCAGACGACCACGAGUCCUGCACACCUAACUGUAAUUCGAUCAGUAAGAGAGAAGCAGUGAGAGCCGACCCCACUCUGGACCUUCUGUCGUAUGGACCAAUUAGGAUUGAAAUGCCAGACAGACCUCAAUCCAAUAUACUGAUGACGGUGGUGCUGCCUGUAGCAGGUGUCUGGACUGUGGGCUUCUUCCUUAUCAUCCUCAUCACUGUGGUCAAGGCAGGCAGCAGGAGGCUCGCAAAAAUGGGGGAGCACUGACAACUCUUGUGUAAACUUGAAUAAAAAUUUAAAAAGCUC